AUGGAUAAUAUAGUUGUGCCGCCGUAUAGCAAGAAAGUGCUAAUUGGCAACUGGGUCGAUCGUCGCUAUGCGUUCGAUGAAAAGACCAGCGGCAUUUUGCCAGGACUGAGUCCAUCCGAUCAAUGCGAGAAACUCCGCAGUCUCAGUCAGGAUACCUACACCAAUGCAGCCUUUUCGGGCGGAGAUUGCAAGCAAUAUUUCAAGGAGAAACAUGUCACGCGUGUUCGCAACUUUUACGCAGGCACCACAUCGAAUGUUAAGCUGAUGGACACUACGGAACUGAAGGACAAUUAUACAACUACCAACACAUUGGUCUUCGACCUGCUGCCCAGGUUACGUGAGGAGCUGCGCGCUAUGAAGGCGCAGCCGGAGCGCGGCAUACCCGAGCAUCAGCAGAAUGUGGACAUGCUGCAGUGCUUCGGCAAUCGCACAAAGACCCACGACUAUGCGAAGCAUUUCAAGUGCCAAAGGCAAUAUGAGGACUCGCUGCGCAUGCGAACCACAUACGGCUCUGCCUAUAAUCACUGCUAG